AUGGCUCGAACAGCGGGCUGGGGGCCCUUUUUUUCCCAGGAGGUGGAGGGGGUCGACCGCCCGGUGCUGUACAUUAGCCGGAAGCUAUCACAGUGGAAGGCGAAGUACAGCAAAGUGGAAAAGGAGUGUCUGGUCAUCAAAACUCGCUUCCGCAGGCGAGGCCCCCCGCGGCGACGGAACCUCUCCAACCUUUGCUAUCCCUCAUUGACCUUCUGUGACAACUUCAUAGUCGCAGGAGGGCUAUGGAACUGCCAGUCUGCUACGUGGAAGGCUGACUUAAUUUUGGCCUACGCGUCCCUCCUCUCUCUACAUUUCCUUACCCUCACUGAGACCUGGAUCACACCAGGCAACACUGCAACCACUGCAGCCCUCUCCUCCUCCUUCUCCUUCUCUCAUACCCCCUGCCCGUCUGGCCAUGGUGGGGGCACAGAGGAUGGCACCCCACUGAUCCUCCUGGGAGACUUCAACAUCCACCUUGAUGUCUCCCACUCUGCAGUCUUCCUGCCCCUACUCCACUCAUUCGACCUCUCCCUGAUGCACUCCCCACCAACACACAAAGCUGGCAACCUCCUAGACCUGGUCAUCCUGAGGAAUUGCUCCUCCUCCGAUCCCACAGUGAUCCCUCUGCACCACACUCCUCCUCCCCCACCUCAGUCCUCCCUCGCUGCAGAUGACUUUGCGGUUUUCUUCAAUGAGAAGAUUGCAGACAUCCGCAGCUCCUUCACGUCCACCACCACCCUUCCCCACUCCCCCCUCUCUUCCGGCUUCAGACCUGGCCACUUGACAGAGACCGUACUCCUCUCGGUCAGUGAGUCGCUUCACGCCGCACAAGCAGCCUCCCAUUCGUCUGUCCUGAUCCUCCUCGACGUUUCUGCUGCCUUCGACACAGUCGACCACCCCAUCCUCCUGUCCUCCCUGGCAGCUAUGGGGAUCUGUGGCACAGCACUAGACUGGAUCGAGUCCUACCUCUCCGGUCGCUCCUUCCAAGUCGCCUGGGCUGGUGCAGUAUCGGCACCUCGCCCCCUUGCCACAGGAGUUCCCCAGGGCUCAGUCUUUGGUCCCCUCCUAUUCUCCCUGUACACCCAAUCUCUUGGUCCUGUAAUCUCUGCCCAUGGGUUGUCCUAUCAUUGUUAUGCCGAUGACACCCAACUCUUUCUCUCCUUCCCCCCCUCUGACACACAGGUCUCCGCUCGCAUCUCUGCUUGCCUGAGGGACAUCCAGAGCUGGAUGGAUAACCACCAUCUUAAGCUGAACCCAGGGGACACCGUGGUGUCAUCAUCACCCACCGCAAAAAACCUCGGAGUGGUGAUGGACAACAGACUGUCCCUCUCCCAGAACAUCACGGCGGUGAGUCGAACGUGCAGGUUCUUCCUGUACAACAUCCGGAGAAUCCGUCCCUUCCUCACCACCUACGCAACCCAGCUCCUGGUUCAAGCGAUGGUCCUGUCCCGCCUGGACUACUGCAACUCGCUGCUGCAACUCCAGAAUCCGCCAUCAGACCCCUGCAGCUCAUCCAGAAUGCUGCAGCGCGUCUGGUCUACAACCUCCCCAGACAUUCCCAUGUCACCCCCCUGCUCACUGACCUCCACUGGCUGCCUGUUAUGGCUCGCAUCAAAUUUAAGACCUUGGUGCUUGCAUACCAGGCAGCUAAGGGGUCAGCACCAGGAUACAUCCAGACGAUCAUCAGACCCUACACACCAGCCAGACCUCUCCGUUCUGCCACCUCUGGACGCUUGGAACCUCCCCCUCUUCGUGUCUGUACUUCCCGCUCGCGUCUGCUGUCUGUCCUGGCCCCUCGCUGAUGGAAUGACCUCCCCGUGGCGGUCAGAACAGCAGAGAAUUUGACUACCUUCAAACGCAGACUAAAGACUCAUCUCUUCAGGCUGCACCUCUCCCCACCCCUCCCUAGCCUAUAGUUUAGCUCAAUGUACCUAGUUAGGCUAAUACGAUCACGUUAGUUUUUAUUUGGCAGGAUUGUUUUUGUCUGAUUUUGAUUAGGCAAAUGUGAUUUCAGUGCUAGUUUGUACCUGGCAGGAUUGUUUGUUUGUUUGCUGAACAGGUUACCCUACAGGGUUGGAGUCCUGAUCUAUGUGGUCACUUCUGGCACUACGAUCUUUACUUCACUCUAGUGUGUUUCUUUUGUACCUCUGCACCUUGAACUAAUGCACUUGUUGUACGUCGCUCUGGAUAAGAGCGUCUGCUAAAUGCCUGUAAUGUAAUGUAAUGUAAUAUAUCUCAA